UUCCCCUCCACCCUUGCCCUUCCAUUUCCAUUUUUGUGAGUGAAAUUCAUCGCCAACCAUUUACCAGUCAACCGUAUAGACAGUGACACAGGCGUUACCGUUCUAGCCAUUCAUAAGAACAGAAAAUUGUUUUCCUUUCUCUAAACUAUAAUCACCGAAGAAGAUCAAAGAAUCAUUCUCAGAGAAAAAAAAAUAAUAAAACAGCGUAAUCCUAUCCAGAAUCAAUGGGAACAGUCAUCGAUUCCCAUUUUCUAGCACUCACUGCCGUCGCCACUGUGGGAUAUCAGUUGCUAUUCUUUAUAAUCACUGCUCUUCUAAAGAUUGAUAAAGUCACAGACUUUGCUGGAAGCACCAAUUUUGUCAUACUUGCUGUGUUGACUCUGGUUUUGAAAGGGACGUGGCAUUUAAGGCAGGUAGUCUUGAGUUUACUUGUUGUUACAUGGGGUCUUCGCCUGGGAUUGUUCCUAUUAAUGAGGAUACUGCAGUGGGGAGAGGAUAGACGCUUUGAUAAAAUACGUGGUAAUUUGGGGAGAUUAGCAAUUUUCUGGAUAUUUCAGGCUGCCUGGGUUUGGACAGUGAGUUUACCUGUAACAGUGGUAAAUGCAAGUGACAGAAAUCCAUCUCUUCAGGUUGAGGAUAUAAUGGGGUGGAUUAUGUGGUCUGUGGGAGUUUCAAUUGAAGCUGCAGCUGAUCAACAAAAGUUGAAAUUCAAGAACUCCCCAGAAAAUAUAGGAAAAUGGUGCAAUGUUGGACUAUGGAAAUACUCUCGUCACCCAAAUUAUUUUGGCGAGAUUUUCCUCUGGUGGGGAAUUUUUGUGGCUUCUACACCUGUUCUGGAGGGUGCUGAGUGGCUCGUAAUCCUUGGGCCAAUGUUUCUGACAUUGUUGCUUUUUUUUGUCAGUGGCAUACCGUUGCUUGAGAUAUCUGCUGACAAGAAAUUUGGCAAUGUGGCUGCAUAUAGGGUGUACAAGAGGACAACAAGCCCUCUGAUUCCUCUGCCCCCUGUAGUAUAUGGGAACUUGCCUUCAUGGUUGAAAACAACUUUCCUCUUCGAAUUCCCUUUCUAUAGUCUCAAUCCUGUUCCAUAGUCGCAGUCUUCCUCAUGAGGGGACAACAUGGUGAGACUAUUGUACAAUCUAAAGAACCUAUACUGCUCUAGCAUGUGAUUUGACCAAUUUUGCAUUACUGAUGAGUUUUGUGCAUGUAAUAUUAUUCUCAUUUUUCAUAUAAACUUGCAGUAUUCUCAGGAGAAUCUAUUUAUAGUAGUGUGUAUGAAACUGUGGGAUGCUAAACUUGUGUAAUUUUUACAUUUCCAUGGUGUUUUUCUUUAAAUUUUUACUCCUAAAUUAUUAUAAUCUUUUGUUGGUUGCAAA